AUGGCCCCUUCCUAUCUACCACCACCACCACCAUCAUCAUCAUCAACAUCCUCUACUGUCAACCCACAAACAUCAACCAACGGCACCACCUCUACUGAUCCUGCACCGUCCCUCCAAUCGCUCCUGAACCAACAGCUGACAAUCACCCUGCUCGAUCGUCGUACGAUCAUAGGCUACUUGAUCUGUAUAGACCACGAUCAGAAUUUCAUCCUUAGGGAUUCAGAAGAGUACAAACCCCUUUAUCCCAAACCCAUCGAACAGCUUAGCUCGGAAGAGAUAGAGAAGUGGGAUGAGGUGAGACAGAAUCGAAUUGAUUAUUGGCCCAGAUCAGAUCCUGAGGCUAUAUAUGCCACGGACACCGCCCUCGGGCGAGGGUGGGGAGGAAGAAGUGUAGGAUUGGUUUGUAUAAAGGGAAAGGAUAUCGGGACAGUAGAGGUUGAUAAAGGUGUUUGGAAAGGGUUAGGUGGAAGUGUGAAGGAUUGA